CGUCUCGUUGUGCCAUCUCUAAAGAUGCGACGUUUCUCGUUCUUUCCUGUCGAACGCCAGUGCAGGCGUGUAGUACUUUUUAAAGUUGUUCCACGCAAAUCAAUAAACAUCCAAAAUGGUCAACUUCACCGUCGACGAAAUCCGUGGCUUGAUGGACAAGAAGCGUAAUAUUCGCAACAUGUCCGUAAUUGCUCACGUUGAUCAUGGUAAGUCUACCCUGACUGACUCGUUGGUGUCCAAAGCUGGUAUUAUUGCUGGUGCAAAGGCUGGCGAGACCCGUUUCACCGAUACUCGUAAGGAUGAACAGGAGCGCUGCAUCACCAUCAAGUCAACUGCUAUCUCCAUGUACUUUGAGGUGGAAGAUAAGGAUUUGGUGUUCAUCACCCACGCUGAUCAGCGUGAGAAGGACUGCAAGGGUUUCUUGAUCAAUCUAAUUGAUUCGCCCGGUCACGUUGAUUUUUCAUCCGAAGUGACAGCUGCUCUGCGUGUUACCGAUGGCGCUCUCGUCGUCGUUGACUGUGUCUCUGGUGUGUGCGUGCAAACCGAGACUGUGCUGCGUCAGGCAAUUGCCGAGCGUAUUAAGCCUAUUCUGUUCAUGAAUAAAAUGGAUCGUGCGCUUUUGGAGCUGCAACUGGAUGCUGAGGAGCUGUAUCAGACUUUCCAGCGGAUUGUUGAGAAUGUAAACGUUAUUAUUGCCACCUACAACGACGAUGGCGGUCCAAUGGGUGAAGUGCGCGUGGAUCCCUCAAAGGGCUCGGUUGGUUUUGGAUCAGGUCUUCACGGUUGGGCUUUCACUCUCAAGCAGUUCUCGGAGAUGUACUCUGAGAAGUUCAAGAUCGAUGUUGUCAAGCUAAUGAACCGACUUUGGGGAGAGAACUUCUUCAAUGCGAAAACUAAGAAGUGGCAGAAGCAAAAGGAAGUGGACAACAAACGUUCCUUCUGUAUGUACAUUUUGGAUCCCAUUUACAAAGUAUUUGAUGCUAUUAUGAACUACAAGAAGGAAGAAAUAAACAAUCUGCUAGAGAAGAUCGGCGUUGCUCUUAAGCAUGAAGAUAAAGACAAGGACGGUAAAGCUUUAUUGAAAACCGUGAUGCGCACCUGGCUGCCAGCCGGAGAAGCUCUGCUUCAGAUGAUUGCAAUUCAUUUGCCAUCACCUGUUGUUGCUCAGAAGUACCGUAUGGAGAUGCUGUACGAGGGACCUCAUGACGAUGAGGCUGCCGUUGCUGUCAAGAACUGCGAUCCCGAUGGUCCACUUAUGAUGUAUAUCUCAAAAAUGGUUCCGACCUCAGAUAAGGGACGUUUCUACGCUUUCGGACGUGUGUUCUCCGGCAAAGUCGCCACUGGCCAGAAGUGCCGCAUCAUGGGCCCCAACUACACGCCCGGCAAAAAGGAAGAUUUGUAUGAGAAGGCUAUCCAACGUACCAUUCUAAUGAUGGGUCGUUACGUUGAAGCCAUCGAAGAUGUGCCUUCUGGCAAUAUCUGUGGGCUGGUCGGAGUCGAUCAGUUUUUGGUUAAAACUGGUACCAUCACUACAUUCAAAGAUGCCCAUAACAUGAAGGUGAUGAAGUUCUCCGUUUCACCUGUUGUGCGCGUGGCCGUGGAGCCUAAGAACCCAGCCGACUUACCCAAAUUGGUUGAGGGUCUGAAACGUUUGGCCAAAUCUGAUCCUAUGGUACAGUGCAUCAUUGAGGAAUCUGGCGAGCACAUCAUUGCCGGUGCCGGUGAAUUGCAUUUGGAAAUCUGUCUUAAGGAUCUAGAAGAAGAUCACGCAUGUAUCCCCUUGAAGAAAUCCGAUCCUGUGGUCUCCUACCGUGAAACCGUCUCCGAAGAGUCGAACCAGAUGUGCUUGUCAAAGUCUCCCAACAAGCACAACCGUCUGCUCAUGAAAGCUCUACCCAUGCCUGAUGGUCUGCCCGAAGAUAUUGACAAUGGUGACGUUAGCUCCAAAGAUGACUUCAAGGUCCGUGCCCGAUAUUUAGCUGAGAAGUACGACUACGAUGUGACUGAAGCCCGUAAGAUCUGGUGCUUUGGUCCCGAUGGCACUGGACCCAACUUCAUUCUCGACUGCACCAAGUCCGUGCAGUACCUUAAUGAAAUCAAGGAUUCUGUGGUUGCCGGCUUCCAGUGGGCCUCUAAGGAAGGUAUUAUGGCUGAUGAGAAUUUGCGUGGUGUUCGCUUUAACAUCUAUGAUGUUACCCUCCACGCUGAUGCCAUUCAUCGUGGUGGUGGCCAGAUCAUUCCAACUACACGUCGUUGUCUGUAUGCUGCUGCUAUUACUGCCGGACCUCGCUUGAUGGAGCCCGUCUAUCUAUGCGAAAUCCAGUGCCCCGAAGUCGCAGUUGGUGGCAUUUACGGCGUGUUAAACAGACGUCGUGGUCACGUUUUCGAGGAGAAUCAAGUGGUUGGUACGCCGAUGUUCGUAGUGAAGGCAUAUCUUCCUGUCAACGAGUCCUUCGGCUUUACUGCUGAUCUACGUUCUAACACCGGUGGUCAGGCCUUCCCACAGUGUGUGUUUGACCAUUGGCAAGUGCUGCCUGGUGAUCCAUGCGAGCCGUCUAGCAAGCCCUAUCAAAUUGUUCAAGAUACCCGUAAGCGCAAGGGUCUCAAGGAGGGUCUGCCUGACCUAUCGCAGUAUUUGGACAAGUUGUAAGCACGACAAUAUAAACCUAUCUGGGUUUAGGUGUUCAAAGGGCUGCAGUUGGUAAAGCAAGAUAACGAGAAUGAUCAAAAAAUAAUUGGCUGGCAGCGUUUUAAAACACACAUUUAAAGAAAUUUUAAUGAUUAUUGAUUUGUAAAACAGUAAAAACUAAAUAAAUCAAGUGAAAUGGUAA